AUGUUAAGUGGUCUGGAAAUCUUUGAGGAUAUUCCUGACAAAAAUAUCUCCCAUUGUUCAAGAAAGCUCAGUGUUAAUUCUGCGUUUGGAUGUUCAUCCAAAUACCCCAGUAGUACUGCGGAAGUUUUAAUUUCGGAAAACACUGAAAACCUCUAUAAAUCGCUCAAGGAAAGUGCCUCUUUGCGUAUAGUGGUCAUACCUCUAUCAAUUUUUGUCAACAAAGAUGCUGUUUCAUUCUUGAAAAGUUCGGAGAAGAUUGCUGGACUAUUUGUUUUCUCUCCGAAUUUUCCAACUUCUAACAAUUUCGAUCCUCUACCAUUCUCCGAAAAUACUGCAUGCCCAAACGGAAAUUUUACUUUUUAUAAUAACACACAACGCCAGUGCAACGUUAUUCCAAGCUGGAAUCCACCUGCGACGGAAUACGGCUUUACUUCCUGGCCAUUUCCUGUAGUGCUAGCUGACGGGAAUUGUUUUAACACUUAUAACGUGAAACCUAUCGACGAUACUCGUUGCUUCAUGGAAAUCCGCAACUACAUGUCUGCGGUGAAUUCUACACAAACCUGCUACAACCGUGAAGUAUUGCUUAGUUAUCGCCUGGAUGUAAUGUUGCAAUUUAUCCUAAAUCCACCACCCACCUUCUGUAAUCAAAUUGGUGGAAUGAAUACUGUGUUGCGCGCCAGGGCCGUGACAAAAAGCCCGCAGGCUGAAGAAAAUGACCCGACUGUUCUUGUGUUGUCACGCGUUGACGCACUGAGCAUGUUUGACCGAAGAGCCACUUCAGGGCUUAGUGUAUUGCCUGCUGUCAGUGUGUUAAUAUCUGCUGCUGUUCAUCUACUUAAUCAACCGGACGUCAAGGCUGGUAGACUUCGAAAAAAUCUGUUGUUUGCCCUACUAGACAAUGAGGCUCUCAGCUUCAUGGGCUCGCAACGCUUUCUCUUCGAUUUAUCCCAAGGACAUAUUGCUCAGGCUUCUGGUUCACCCAUAAAGUCGAUCGAAUCUGUUAUUGAAUUGACAGGUGUUGGGCUGCCGAAAUACGAGGAUAAAAGCAUUUACUAUCUUUUGUCUGAUAUUGAAAUUGCAAAGCAGGUGAGUUCAAUCUUUCUCCUCUUGCAGUGUAAACAAUUUUACCAUUUUCAGACCGAGAAUGUUACGUCUGCAAUCUGGAAGUCACUGAAUGACUCGGCUGCGAGCCAAGGUGGCCAGGUUGUCUUGUUAAAUGGCAGUGUUCCCGGACCUGAGCCGAUGCUUCUUCCACCAAGCGUAUCCACUCAAGCCUUGCUCACAUAUUACGAUAUGCAAGGAGUUCCGCUCAGUCACACCGUCAUUUCGGACCGACCGGGAAGGUCUCCUUACGCCGACGAAUGGAUCGACUCGUUUCUCGAUAAGAAGUGGCCACCCACUCCCGAGGCUGGUGAGCAUCUCCUACAGUUGGCUAAUGUGCUCGCAGAUGCCUUGCAUAGGCUGAUUACAAAAGACUCCAAACCAAUUCCUCAGCCAAUCAGCGGCCUCAAGCCAGCCGAACUGAUGCAUUGCUUCCUCCACAACCCUGGCUGCGAACUUCUGCGAUUGACCUACGAACCAGUGGACGGGCAUGGCUGGCGCGUUUCCCACAUCGCUGCUCGUCUGCUCAUGGGGCUGACGGGCGAGCGGCUCAAGGAAUGCCCCCCCAGCAAGGACUACGGCAGCUACACCUACCUGUAUGGCUGUGAGUCACUCAUUCUUUGCCGUUCUCUACGCAACAGCCUCGAUUAUAACGGGACGAACUGGUGCUACAAGAGUUUGAUGGAGACCUCCACGUCCUUCUUCUUUCUUGAGGGCGGGGCGGUUGCGUCGCCCGGCUGGGUGCGGAGCGCGCUCUACGAGAACAAACGCUACGUCAGGCUUUUCCGUAGCUCCUCGCCCCACGAAGACGGAGUCUCUCUGGCUCUAGGAAUUCUUCUGACCGCACUGAUAGGAUCUGUUGCCUACGUUUUGCGGCGAUUUUCCGCACACAUUUUUGUUAAACCCUAUGACGUUAUCCCAGAUAACCAAGUCGUUCUUCCUGUGAAUGUGAUGUAA